AUGCGGUAUUUCGUGCCGAAAUUCCGCAGUAUUCACCAUUUAUUGGUUGUUCUUGUGCUAGCAUGGUUGGUUGUGUUCAUUUAUCAUGAGCGAUAUUCCCCAUACUUCCAUGCUAAGGCAUGCAAAUGGCCACGAGUUUCGGAAUAUGAGACUGUUGAUGGUUCGGAAACACCUGCCCCUGACGAUGCUGGGUUUGAUGCACAAUUGGAAACUGCCCAUAUCAUGUUGAUUGCUGAUCCACAACUUAUCGAUAAUCACACGUAUCCAGGACGUAAUGAACUCUUACUAGAUCUUUCCAAACAUACUGCUGAUGCAUACUUGAAGAAGAAUUACCGCGCCUUGACGAGAUUCACCCAACCAGACCACAUCAUAUUCCUUGGAGAUUAUUUGGACAAUGGUAGAGAAUCAUCAAAUACUUAUUAUGCUCAUGAAAUGAAUAGAUUUAGAGCAAUUUUUAAAAAACCAUCUUUUGUUCAAAACUUUUUAACUAGUACUCCAGGAAAUCAUGAUAUUGGAUUCGGAAAUGGGGUUAUAGAAGAUUCUAAAACUAGAUUUGAAGAAAAUUUUGGUCCACUUAAUUAUCAUACCACUAUAAAUCAUGUUCAAAUCAUUUCAUUGGAUACUCCUUCACUUUCAGCUACAGAAGAAAAUAUUCGUGAAGACACCAGUAAAUAUGUGGAUUUCCUUGAUAGUCAACCUAAAACAGGACCUAGAAUCCUUCUUACCCAUGUCCCACUCUAUAGAGACCCAGCCAUCCAAAAAUGUGGACCAUUCCGUGAAUCUGAUAGUUUUGUACUUGGUGGUGGUUACCAAUAUCAAAAUUCUCUUACAAAAGAAUUAUCUAAAGAAAUUUUGGAAAAGAUAAAGCCAGAUUUGAUUUUUUCAGGUGAUGAUCAUGAUUAUUGUGAUAUAAUCCAUGAAUCUACCCAUUUGGAAGAUCCACCAGUAAGAGAAAUCACCGUGAAAUCCAUUCUGAUGGCAAUGGGUAUUAAAUAUCCAGCGGUACAAUUGUUAACUAUAUCCGCUAAUACAGGCAGUGAGAAAAGCUAUGAUGAUCCAACUAUUCAUUAUCAAACAAGUAUUUGUUAUUUACCAACUCCAUACAUCAAUAUUUUUUCAUAUGUGAUAAUGUCAGUGAUUUCUGGACUCAUGAUUCUUUGGUGGAACAUUAAACAUAGAUCCACAAGAUUACAAGCAUAUGGUUCAUUGUCACUGUACCCUUUAAGAAGCUUGGCGGAAAGCGUGAUCACGGUACCUGCAUCUUCAGGAAACCCCAAGACAUCUACAAAAUUAUCAAAUUUCCUCAAGGGACAAGAUCUAGCAGAAGAUAUAAAUACAGUUCCAUUACCAUUAUACACUUAUACCCAUGUGAAUUCUAGUUCCAAAUGGACUCAAAAAUUGCAUAAGAAAUUGAAAAAAGUUACAAAUAGUUUAGAAAAAUCAAUCUAUAAAUUGCUGGUUGUUGAAUUUAUGAUUAAAUGGAACAUUACUGGAUUUUUGAAACACUCUACUGGAUUAGGGGUAUUUAUCAUUGGUUUAUAUUAUUUUGGAUUUUAUUUGACGUUAUAA